UGUCAAACAGCCGUUGACUGUUGAAUUAAAAUUUCUUAAUUCUGGAUUAGUAGUUGACUUAUUAGAUGUCUUAAAAUCAUUUUCAGUUGGUCCAGAACUUUUAAGAACUCUGUUUGACGAGGAAAACUUAAAUACUGAAAAUUAUCAGGAAGCCAAAGAGUUAGAAGCCGGAGUGAGUUUACCGCAAUUUUUAUUCACUAGCAGCAAGGGUAAUUCUUAUUUUAACCUCGGAAAAUUAGGGCGAAAAAAAUAUAACCAAAAAAUCGACAUUAUUCAACAACUCAAAGAGCAAACAUUAGCCGAAGACAUACGCGAUAGUAGUGACAAAUUACUCUUGAAGAAAAACACCGUUUUAGAUGAGAAAAAUCUGCUAAUCUUACAGAAUGCUCUCCAGAAAAAGAAGAUAAACAGUAUUACUAUUCCUUAUUCUACCAAUGAAUUAUAUGUUAUUAAAAUAAAUUCACCAAAAAAUAAAGAUAAAACCAUCUCGGUGGUUGGUAUUGGCGAAAAAUUGCCGGAAGAAAAGACUUAUUUUGACUUGGCAGAUUUAGUUUGUGCUGUUUCUUAUUAUAUUAAUUUACAUCAUGGUCUAGGCAACAUUGAAAAAGAAGAAGAUAAGGACAAAUUAGAAAAUCAAAUUGUCCGGCGGGUUGGCGACUUAGUUUAUAAUAUCUUUGACAAUAAAUUAGGUGGAUUUUUACAAGAUAUUGAUAAUAAGUAUUUAGCCUACAUUUCACAAUUGAAGAAAGUGGACUUGCUGAAAAUCCCUAAUUUAAAAGAUUUCGAUAAUUUGAUCAAACACUUUUUCAAUACUUCUGCCCUAGUUCAAUUACAAAAUCAAAACAAUCCUUUAUCAGAAAUCUCUUAUACUCGCAAAUUAAGUGUUUUGGGCUUAGGAGGAUUUAGUUCGGCUAAUACUACCAUGGCAGCUCGUAAUAUUAAUUCUUCUUAUUAUGGACGCUAUGACUUAGUUGAAACUCCAGAAGGACAGCGGGUCGGUUUAAUUCAUAAUCUAACUAUCGGAGCAGAAAUAAACGACUAUGGGCAAGUAGUAGUUCCUUAUUAUCCAGUUAGAAAUGGCGAAAUUAUUCCUGAAUUAGUUUACUUAAACACCGAAGAAGAACAAGACAAAUACGUUGCUAAUUUUUCUCUAAAAAUUGAUGAAAAAAAUCGGAUUUUAGAAGAAACGGUAUUAGUUCGUCAUCAGGGAGAGUUUCUGCGAGUAGCGAAAGAAAAAGUAGAUUAUAUUGACAGUUCAUUUUAUCACUUGAAUUCAAUUACCAGUGCCACUAUUCCUUUUUUUCAACACAAUGACGCUACCCGCAUGCUAAUGGCCACUAAUAUGCAACGGCAAGCGGUAACUUUACUAAAAAGUCAAGAGCCAUUAGUAGCUAGUGGGGCCGAAGCCAGUCUGCUCAAUAAUUCGCCGUUGGUUGUCACAGCCGAGGAAAAAGGAGUGGUAGAAUAUGUUGAUAGUCAGCAAAUCAUUAUUAAGGAAACAAGUCAAAAGAAAACUUAUCAAUUAGGCCAUAAAAAAAGGAGAAAAAAGUGGAAAAAAGGACAAAUGAUUGCUUGCGGAAACUAUGGCAAUAAUGGUGAGUUAUCGCUAGGUUAUAACUUACGAGUAGCCUAUCUAUGUUGGAAUGGUUAUAAUUACGAAGAUGCCAUUAUCCUUAAUGAAAGAUUAGUAAGGGAAGAUAUUCUUACUUCUUUCUUUGUUAAAAAACACACUGUUAUUCGUCACAACACCAAAUAUGGCCAAGAGGUUUUUACCUCUUCUUUCCCUCAUUCUGAGAAAAGCCAAUUUCCACAACUGGCUAAAAAUGGCAUAGUGAAGAUUGGUAGCGAGGUCAAAGGAAAUGAUAUUUUGGUUGGCAAGUUAACGCCCGAACCUAGUCCACGCAAGGAAUCGGAAGAGGAAUUGUUGCUAAUGAGUAUUUUGGGAGAAAAAGCCCAGAGAUUUGUUAACUCUUCGCUUCGUUUGCCUGCUGAGGAAUCUGGAAUAGUUUACCAAGUCAAAAGAAAAAAACUUAGUAAAAGUAAGAAUGAUUUGGAAUUAGUAGAAGUUUUUGUGGCCCAAGAACGAAAAAUAGAAAUCGGAGACAAAUUAACUACUCGCUUUGGUAAUAAAGGGGUAGUAGCCAAGAUUGUUCCAGAGGCUGACAUGCCUUUUGAUGAGGAGGGGAAAACCAUCGACAUAAUUUUUAAUCCCCUCGGUAUUCCUACCCGCAUGAAUAUUGGCCAGUUAUUAGAGACAAUUAUGGCUUCCGCCGCUCAGAAACUUGAUACUAAACUCCUUAUUCGCCCCUUCAAUUCUCCUACACUAGAAACAAUGAAAAAAAUAAUUGAGGAAGCCGGAAUUAAAAAUUACGGUGCCCAAAAAUUAUUUGAUGGCCAAACCGGCUUGCCUUUUCAACAAGAUGUUUAUAACGGCUAUAUCUAUACCAUUAAGUUAAAUCAUAUGGUCGCGGAUAAGUUUCACGCUCGAAAUGUCGGUCCUUAUUCUCUUAUUUAUCAACAGCCACUCAAGGGUCGUUCCCAAGGUGGUGGCCAACGAGUUGGAGAAAUGGAAGCUUGGGUAUUAGAAGCCCACGGUGCCGCUUAUAACUUAAUGGAAAUGAUGAGUGCGAAAUCAGACGACAUAUAUAGACGGAGGUUGUUACAAAACACACUUCUGUUUGAUAACCGUCAAAUUGACCUUCGUAAUAGUCAGAGUGAAUCAUUCAAUCUUUUAAUUCAGUACCUACGGGGAAUUGGCUUUGAUCUGAAAGCCAGCGAUUAUAGCGAUAUUACUCGCCACUCUUUUGGAGAAAUCACUAGUCAUAAAGUAUUAAAUACUAGAACUUUUAAGCCCGAGUUAGGUGGACUUUUUGACCCUCGGAUUUUUGGUCCUUUUCUCAACUACGAGUGCUAUUGUGGUAAAUAUAAGGGCAAAGAAAACAAAGGACAAAAUAAAUUAUUGGGUAUUCCUGCUAAAAGAUUGGAGGAUAUUAUUUACUUGCGAGCCUAUGUAGUAUUAGACAAUGGUUUAACUAGUUUACUAAGAAAUGGCGAUAUUUUAGAAAAAAGAAUCGAUCGACCCCUAAUUAGCAGUAUUUUACAAGAGAUUAUUGAAAAUAAGAAGUUAGAACAAAAUGUUAUUGAGGAAGCCAAAGAAUUAAACGGAAGAAUCACAGAAAAAAAUAGCGGGGAGGAUUAUUUAGAUUUCUUAGCCAAACAUUGUGGAAUAAAAAUUGGAACCGGCACCGAAGCCUUCCAAGAGUUACUAAGUAGAAUAAAUAUUGAGGAAGAGUUAGAAAAAGUUAGAAAUUCAGUCAAGGAAUCACCCAACAAAGUCAACCAAGAAAAUGAUAUUAUUCAUAAUGAAAAGAGGAGAUUGCAAAAAGCGGUCGACCAAACCAUUUAUGGUUCAACUUAUAAGCAAAAUGAAAUCAAAAGUUUAUUACAAAGUUUAAGUGGCAAAGAAGGAAUAACUCGUCGUUAUUCGUUAGGAAAAAGAGUGGAUUAUUCAGCUCGUUCGGUAAUUGUUCCUAAUCCUAGCCUGCUACUUGAUCAAAUAGGGUUGCCAGUCAAAAUGGCCCUCACCCUUUAUAAACCUUUCAUUAUUCAAAAAAUAUUGAAAGAAAAAAUUGCUUUUACGGUGAAAGAAGCCGAACAAUUGCUUUACCAGGAAGACCCAAUUAUUUUUCCUCUUCUUAAUAAAAUUAUCCAAGGUCAUCCUAUUUUAGCUAACCGAGCUCCCAGUUUACACCGUCUGAGUAUCCAAGGGUUUUAUCCUCAAUUAACAUUAGGUAAUUCGAUUGAACUACAUCCCUUAAUAACUACUGGCUUGAAUGCCGAUUUUGAUGGCGACCAAAUGGCUAUUUACUUACCGGUAACCGCCAAAUCAUGUGAAGAAAUCAAGGAACGUGUACUUUCUCCUCACCACAUUAUUGACCCCAAAAAUGGUUAUUUGAUAACUACUCCCAGUCAGGAUAUGAUUUUGGGACUUUAUUAUUUAACGAAAGAGACUAAAGGUAAAAAAGUCAUUUUCCACGACGAAAUAGCGAAUAUUUGA